ACUAUGCCUUUUGCUCAAGGCAGAGAUAUGGUGGUAAGCCACAGGUUAGAUGGGGUUUCUCAGGCAAAGCUCCUCUCUCAAUUUCCCGGUUACUUUGAGCUGGUGAAGGAAGAUCACGGUUUCCACAUCUCUUUUAAAGUAAUUGCAUCACAUUCAAGACAGCAUUAUUUCUCCUCAAGUCCUCUUAUCAGUUGCUCCUAAAGGAUACCAGAGCAGUUAUUUCAGCAUCUCUCCUCACUGGCCAAACAUCCAAGCAUUUGCCUCAUCUGCGAAAUCUUCACUAGGACACAUCCUAGAAGGCCAUGCGAGGAGAGCGGCUUUUGGUUCUAUUUUCUACUGUCUGCUUCUUAGCUGAAGUCAUGAUGGACCAGUCACUUUUGGAAAUUCAUGGAGCCCUGAAUACUUCAGUGCUUCUCCCUGGACAGGAUAUUGCUCUAUCUUCUGUCUUCAAUGUGGAAUGGAGAAUCAAGCAGUCCCAAGAGGUGUUGAUCCUGUCCUUCUCUCCCUCAUCCAAGAACUUCUACACUAAUGAAGCUUACUGGCAGCGAAUCUUCUUCUCUCCCACCAACUUCUCCCUCCAGUUUCACAGUUUGCAGUGCACAGAUGAAGGAUUCUAUACCUUGGCCAUCCAGCUCCAAGAGAAGUUCCAAGUGAACAACUACAGGACUUGGCUGACAGUGAGCAUCCCGAUUUCCACUGUGCUCAUCACAGCCAGUGCGAUGUCUCCGAGGGUUGGGGCCAACAUCACCCUGAAUUGCUCGGCAGCAACAGGGAGCCCCGUGAUCUACUCUUGGCAGAGGCUCGACCAAGCAUUGCUUCCUGGGAAUCGUUCCAUCCUGUCCCAGGACAACUCCACCCUGACCCUUCUAGACGUCCAGCUGUAUGAUGAGGGGAACUAUCGGUGCCUGGCAGAGAACGCCAUCAGUGUGGAGUUUGAAGACUUCACCUUACAGCUGAAUGAUGAGGUAACUGAGGCCCAGAGAAGUUAUAUCACUUGCCCAAGUCACACAGCAGGUUCUUCUUCUUGCCCAACUUCCAGCUAUGUUGGCUACUUUGGAUACCCUGGCUACCUUGGCUACAUUCUGCUCAUAGUCUGUCUCUUCAGGAUGGCAAAAAAAAUCAACACCAGGUUUUUGGCAACCCAGACAGAGUCUACUUAUGAAAACAUGCGUUCAACUCAGCCACCCCUUUAAAAACCUCAAAAUCCAUAAUUUUUCCCAGACAGCAAAUGAGUGGAAGAGAUGGCCUGCCAGAUUUAGAAAAGGUGUCUUGUGACUUGCAAAGUGUGUGUUCUUCCUUCUUACAUCCCAAUUACCCGAGGUUACCCAAGAAGAGGGACACCAGCCACAGGAUGCAAGAGAAUGGAAACUCCUGCAAGGCAGGAAUGGCAUCAUCAAUGUCAUGAGCUAAUAUUUAUUAAAGUUUUCUUGAUUUUUCUGAUCAAUAAAUGCACAACUCCUCAUGGGAACAUAAAAGACCAUUUAGAAGAGCCAGGUAAAAAUGCCAAGUUACUGACAAACACAACAAUACCAUUAUUUAAAAAUGCCUGUUUUUCUUUUUUUAAAUCUCAUUUACUUUUGUUUUCCUCAGGAUGGGACAAGAUGGAGGGGGAGAGGUACAGAUAUCUGAAGUGAAAACACAGAGGGGGCAAGAGUGUAGUGUCCACACCCAACAGGAAAGUUCCUUGGUUCUGGUUUGCUCUUGUUUUUUUGAGUGGGCCAAGCUCAUGGGUGAGAUUGCUGGAUCCAGCCGUUCUCUUAAGAAGUCAAUUGGGCAUGGACUUGGCCCCCAGAGAAGAUGUCUGUGAUCCAGAUUCCCACACCUACUCAGUGUUCACAGCUAGCUGGCUGCCUGCCUCCUCGCUGUAGGUUCCCAGGAGACCAAACAGGCCAAGUGACUCAACCAGGUGCCAGCAACCACUUCUGGAUGCAGGGAGAAGUGUCAUGGGCCAUUUACUCUUCUCUUUGAGAGGCAGGCUGUUUUUGAUCAUUGCAGUGUAGGGGCUGAUGAACUCUUUGAAUAGCCAAGACUAUACACAACAUAUAACAGAUAUGUCCCCUACCUGCCAGGACUCCACACAACAUACACCGGUUAUGUUCCCUACCUUCCAAGGAUAUACAUAACGUAUUCUGGAUAUGUUCCCUAGCCAUCAUGAGCUACAGGAUAUGGGCUGUUGAAGGGUGAGAUCAUUUUUCAGGCAGCGUCAUUCUUUAGCGAAGGAACGUCUCCUCCAAGAGGCCUUCCCUGACUAAGCCCUCCUUUCAUCUUUUCCCACUCCUUUCCGCAUCACCCUGAAUUCCGCAUUCCCUUAUUCAAUCCCUCUCCCAGCUCCACAGCACUUAUGUAUAUAUCUGUAAUUUAUGUAUUUAUAUUACCGUC